AUGGCUCCAGAACCCUGCGUCCACUGUACUUGCCCAGGCACGAUAUUCUGCCAGUCCUGUUGCGAACGUGACUCAGACGAUGUCCUGCAGCCGACACGCUGGUAUUGCAGCCCGCUCUGCAAAGCCAUCGACGAGCCGCACAGAGAAGAGUGUCCACUAGUCUUGAGUGACACACUCUUCAAACGUGCUGAGAAGGCAGGCGAGGUCGCGCAGGCCCUCUUCUACGCCUUCAUCCAGGAUACCUGGGCUUAUGACAUGAGAAAUGUCCGCAUCGUUCGCGAUCAAGAUGGCGACUUGGUUACAAUCGAAGUCAUUGCCGGCCCUGGUGUCAAUGCCGGCCCAGGAAAGGAGAGCACUUGCGGUCGCCAUGCUGGCGGCUGGCUCAUCAAAUUCCCGCACACAACGUUCAAAAGCAGUGAUCAUGAGGCGAAACACGCGAUUCUGGCUGAUCAGAACUCUAUCUGGGCUUUCGUGUUCAUGCAUGCCGCAAUACAGGCGCUUUUCGAAGACCUGGUCGACGACAUCGAGAAGGACAUCAAGGAAGUUGUGCACUUCACUCCAGAUAACGCGCGCCAUCUCGUCGAGCACAAGGGGCUCUUUGGUGUUGUGAGAGCCGACCGCGAAGACAUUGUCUACCCAAACUUUGACGUGAAAGGUGACCUCAAGGGUAUUUACUCUAUUACACUCAAAGACGGCACUAGGAUUGCGCUCGACCUCACCGGCGCCCAGUAUAAUCUCCCUCAUACACCCGUCAUGCAUUGGACCGCCUACCUAAACAGCUGGGUCAAGGUCAUCAAGUACCGCGUCCCCUUCCGCUCGCACUACGACAAACAUGCCAACAACAUGGUCAACUACCGCUGCAUCACCCACCUCACUGUCGUCAUGGAGCAGACACGAUACUUCAACAUGCUAGUUACCCACAGCAAGGCAGAGAUAGGCUUCGAACUAAAGAAUCUACUCGAGAUGGAGCCUGAAGACUUUCACAGUAAAUUUUGCCUUCUCAUCGACCAAGCACACGAGUACCUCCUCGAGCGUCCUAAGGAGCUAGAUGAAGGCUUACUCAUAGGCUGCAUCACCGACACGUUCGAUCUCCGUCACCCCAAUGUCGUCGCCAAUGCGCUCAGGGCCGGCAUGGCCGCUUCCCUCCGAAACUCUGAUCUCCUGCAAUCGCUUCCCACUAAUAUCAGCGACAUGAAGCUCUUCGACUGGGAAAAUCUGCGCAAGCUCAUACAGAUGCACAGCACUACUGUUGAGUAUCAAGAGAAAAAGAAGGCUAAAUUACUGCUAUCUCAUCGCUGCGUGUAUAAGAUGCCUGGGGACUGGAGAUUGGUGUUUCUGCUGGACACGCUGCCCAGCUCGAAGGUGCCUGACGAAUGUGUGAGCGAAAAUCCUUAUUGGAAGUGA